GCCGCUGCACCGACGCUGUUUUUUUUUAUGAUCUGGAAAUUCAAGUAGUCAGGUUGUAAAUUGGUGUAGAUUUGUACGUGUGCGGUUCGAAGUGCGAUGUUGAACAGACGACAAGUUCGGUUUCCAUGACGACCGCUGACUAACUGUCGUCUGCAGGGAUCUGACACGGACAAGUGAGAGGAAACUCCAGGGGAUUACAGUAAGGAUCUGCCACAGACACACCUACUGGGAAGUUUGAUUGACACCUCCUACAGACGGCGGAGGGCGAGCAUCUGUUACCCCGCGCUAACACUGACGAACCGCGCGUCAGUAGAGUCAGUUCCCCGGAGCGUGCACCGCUGUUUAGGCGGCAUCCCCGAUCUCUCUCUCCCGUUCAACGUCAAGUAACAUCCGCAUCUUGGGUUACCGUAAGAAGCCAGCCUGCUGGGACUGAAAGUGUCAUCCGGUCCGGCUGAAUUACCGAGAGGAGAGAGCGAGCGUUCUAUCUACUGGAGGGCGGUCAAUGAUGCAACAACCUUAGCGAGGAACGGUGCAAUGGCAGUCCUUGGGAAGAGGGUGGCCCGGCCCGCGCACUGACCCGCGGAACCGCCGGCGAAUGAGGAAACAUCCCCCGGUCGUGCCAAACGGCAGCUUUUCGCGGGGAUAGGAACGGAGCCCUGAAGGCAUAGCCAACAUUCCAGCCUUCGCUGUCCGGACGACUAUUGCAGGGCUGCCUGUCACAGAAAGGACACACAGGGGGGAACGUGUUUGGAUUGCGUCCUGUCCCCGAACGGCGGAAGCUAGCUAUCCAAGGGCGCGGAAUUUGACUUGCCGGUCGAGAGAGACUGCACAGCUGCCGGUGGAAUAAUGUACGGGCUGCUGCUUGAAUCCAUCAACGAGUACAUCAAGGAAGCUUACGGGGAAUCCGUAUGGAAGCUGAUCAGGGAACGGGCACUCUGCCCGCAUCAUUCAUUCGUAACGCACCAGGUUUACGGGGAGCAUGAGAUCCCGAAGAUCGCCCGUGCGGCGGCCGAGGUGACGGGUGUGGACCUGCCCGACCUGAUGGACGCGUUCGGCGUGACGUUCGUCAGCUUCGUGGGACAGUACGGCUACGACAGGAUACUCAGGGUGCUGGGCAGACAUGUCCGAGACUUUCUCAACGGGCUGGACAAUCUACACGAGUAUCUACGGUUCAGCUACCCAAAGUUGCAGCCUCCAAGCUUCUUCUGUGAAGAGGAAUCGUCCAUGGGGCUGACUCUACAUUAUAGGAGCAGGAGGCGGGGUUUCGUGCACUAUGUCAAAGGUCAACUCAGACAAGUCGGUUUCCUGUUUUAUCAAACAGAGAUAAACGUGGAGGUUAUAAGGGAGACUGACCAUGUACACGCUGAAGGGCUCACACACGUCAUUUUCAGAUUACAUUUCAACAACAAGGCGUUUAGAAUUAAUCGGCAUCAUUUAGGAAACGCCUGCACAGACAAUCUUCUUCCUGUUAGGAGCGACGUCUUCUUUGAGGUGUUCCCCUUUAAUGUGGUGUUCGGCGAGGACAUGCUGAUCAAGAGGGUGGGCAUCGGGCUGCAGAACAUCUUCGAGAAGCUAGAGGGCAGGCGGAUAGACGAAUCCUUCACCUUGAACAGGCCACUCGUGAAGUUCACGUGGUCGAACGUGUUGAAUCAUACGAAUAACCUGUUUGAGUUGGUUUCGCGACUGCCAAUCGAACGUACGGGCCUUCAUGGGAGAAACAGCAUGGGCGACGAAGGGUCUGGUAAUCUCAUGCACAAUAAAGUACAUGCUCAUAAGCAGGCCACACGGCGGCGCUGCCCGUGGUAUGGUUUAGGUGUUCCUUCUAUCGAGAACGGGUACGGGAAUGGUGAGGAGGAGGUGGGGAACGGGGGCAAAGCCGUGCCACUGGACACGUCUCUGGAACUGAUGGCCUUUCAGACAGUCACAGGAGACGCCCUGGAGGGUUUCAACACGCUAGCCAAUGAGAACGACCGGUGCCUUACGCUGAAGGGGCAGAUGAUGUUCAUGGAGGACUGGAAGAGUGUCAUCUUCAUCGGUACCCCCAUUAUGGAGAACCUGGAACAGAUGUUCAUGACCGGCCUGUACAUUAAUGACCUGAGCAUGCACGACUCCAGCCGAGAUCUGGUUCUCGCCGGGACCCAGCAGUCGGCCGAGCUCAAACUCGCCUUGGACCAAGAGCAACAGAAAAGUUCUAAGCUGGAGGAGAGUAUGAGGAUGCUGGACGUGGAGAUGAAGAAGACGGACGAGCUGCUGUACCAGAUGAUCCCCAAAGCCGUGGCGGACAGGCUCAGGAAGGGAGAGGCGUCCGUGGAAACAUGCGAGUCUCACGCUGCAUAUUUUCAGGUGUUCCAAGAGGUGACCAUACUCUUCAGUGACGUGGUCGGCUUCACCAAGAUCUGCAGCCGCAUCACGCCCAUGCAGGUUGUAUCCAUGCUCAACUCCAUGUACACGCUGUUCGACCAACUCACGGAGAAGCACAAUGUCUACAAGGUAGAGACAAUAGGAGACGCCUACAUGGUUGUAUCAGGUGCUCCGGAGAAGACCCGGUUCCACGCGCACUACGUGGCCGACAUGGCUCUGGACAUGCUCAGGUCGAUGAAGCACCUUCAGGACCCUUCUACGGGGGACACCCUGCAGAUAAGAAUAGGGGUGCACUCCGGCAUGGUGGUGGCGGGGGUAGUGGGGCUGAAGAUGCCCAGGUGGUGUCUGUUUGGCGACACCGUUAACACAGCAUCGCGCAUGGAAAGUAGUGGCCAGGGAAUGCACAUCCACAUCAGUGAAACCACCAAGGCUCACUUGGACGAGGAGCCUUACGUCAUUGUAGAGAGAGGGACUGUCACAAUCAAGGGUAAAGGUGAGAUGAAGACCUACUGGCUGAAGGAGAAGUCUGGGGACGAGCCCGUGGAGACGCUGGACGCCCCGUUCCUGACCAACUCCAGCGAGAACGAGUCGGACGACGGGUCACGUGAUAGUUCCAGGAUAUCCACCUACAACCCCGUCUUCUCUGAUGACGUCAUCAAGAAGCACCAGGACGCCCCGACCAUCGCCAUCGAGGAGGAAGACGCGCCGGAAAAGGAUCCUUCGCAGCGCGGCAAAGUCGAAGGAACGAAGGUAAAGACCAGUGCUGCGGCGCAAGAGACUAAAGCGGAGAAGAAAGAAGAAAACCAGAAGCCGGCCAGACACAGGAGUAACAUCUGUAGUCUGCUGUAGAUUAUAACGCCGCACAUGAAAAUUUUCACUGCACGUAAUUUUAUCUUUAACGGACAUAUACAGUAAUUUCAGUUUUGGUGCCUUUGAACCCAAAAUCCUAUUUGCAAAAGGUGAUCAAUUGGUUUCUACCAGUCCCGCACACAUAGGGGUGAUAUUUGACCCAAAUCC